GCCACGGGCCGGGAAGCGCCGGUUUGCGGAGCAGCCACCGGCAGGACGCGGGUCCCCCAGAAGAAGAUGGUGUGAAGCUGCCCCUUGCAGCGUGCCCAGAGCUCAGGGAGGAGCAUGGCUGCAGCUCAGGAUGCAGGAGGCAGUUCAGCCGGGCCAUCCGGACUCCCUGGUUCUGCCCCGGGACAUGGCAGCAAUUCCCCAGCUGUGGCAGUGUGGGAAUGGCAGGAUGAGUUUGGCAGGUGGAGGCCAUACAGAGGGAAUGUCUGCAGCUACAUUGAACAGGUUUUUCAGGCCUCUCAGCAGAAGGGCCGGCGCUCAGGAUCAGGGCUUGUCAGCAGCAUCCCUUUGGGACAUGCGGAUCCCAUCUUGGCCCCCUAUGUCAUCGACAUCCCAAGCUUGAUGCAGUUCCGUCAGGACACAGGCACGAUGCGCGCCGUCCGCAGGCACCUCUUCCCUGGGGAUUCCGCUGCCGGGCAGGGCAUCGUCUGGGAAUGGCAGAACGAUGAAGGCGGGUGGUCCCCCUACGAGAUGAAGGUCUGCGUGCUCCUGGAGGAGGCCCGUGCCAAGAACCACCAGCAGGUAGAUCUCAAAUCCCUGGGCUACAACUACAUCGUUGACGUCGUGGCUCAAGUCCAGACCAACAAGAGCACGAGCUUCCGCCGCAGCGUUCAGCGGCGCUUGGACAUCCCGUACCCAGUGACAACCUCCCCAACACCCCUUCACACAGAGGUGGCUUGUUCCUGCCAGCAGUGCUGGCUAAACAGCGGGACUGGUCCCAUCACCAUGCGCUACCGCCACUCCAUGAUAAACGUUCCCAACUCUUCUACUGCUCAUCAGGGUAGGACAGCAUCCGUAAGCUCUUCCAGCGUCGGCUUUGUGCCCUAUAACAAACCAACUUUGUCUGGAGCAAGGUCAACACCAAGACUCAGUGCACAGAGCACCUGGGCUUUGCCUCAAGCUGGGGGCCCCAGCACAGGACUGUCUGCAUCGAAUGGAGUCAGUGCCCCAGCCCUGCCUGUCAAGAUGUCCAAACCCAGCAAGGUGAACCAGGCCCUGGCAGGCAUGACGGCUAUUCUGAUGUCAGCCGCUGGACUCCCCGUGCACCUCACCUGUGUGCCACAAGCUGCCAGCACCCAUAAAGCCACUAAAAAACACAGCUCAGUUAAGGAGGGGAGGAAAGUGUCCAAGAAAGGCUGGUGGAGGAGCCUGGCAGCCUCCGUGACAGGCCUGAUGACCGCGACACCGACUGAGCCAGAAGCAGUGGUGAAGAAGUACCUGGAAGAGCUGAAGGGCUCUCCUGCUGACGAGGACUGCAUCAUCUGCAUGGAGAAGCUGUCCUCCCCCUCAGGUUACGCCGAUGCCUGCGAGUGCAGCACGAUCAAGCCAGAGACUGUUGGUCGCCUGACAAGCUGCCAGCACUGCUUCCACAUGCUCUGCAUGCUGGCCAUGUAUUCCAGUGGGAACAAGGACGGCAGCUUGCAGUGCCCCUCUUGUAAAACCAUCUAUGGGGAGAAAACUGGUACUCAGCCCAAAGGGAAGAUGGAGGUGUCCACGUUCCCCCAGUCCCUCCCGGGCUACAGGGACUGUGGGACGAUCCAGAUUGUAUAUCACAUCAGCAGAGGCAUUCAGGGCCCUGAGCACCCCAACCCUGGGAUGCCAUACACAGCAAGAGGCUUUCCUCGCUACUGUUACCUGCCAGACAACGAGAAGGGCAGGAAGGUCCUGGAGCUCCUGAGGGUGGCCUGGAAGCGCCGCCUCAUUUUCACAGUGGGCACCUCCAGCACCACGGGCGAGAGCAACACCGUGGUGUGGAACGAGAUCCACCACAAGACGGAGAGGGACACAAACCUCAGUGGCCACGGCUACCCGGACCCCAACUACCUGGACAACGUGUUGGCAGAGCUGGCUGCACAAGGGGUCACUGAGGACUGCCUGAGACAAUGAGCUGGGGGGGGAGCCU